AUGAAGUCAUGGCUGCUUCCUGUUCUGGCUGCUUGGGCAAGCUCCUCGGAUUCCGAGCUUGCAAAAGACGUGCUCCAUGACAAGAACGUGGAUGCUUGGACAACCUCUUCGCAAUUCAAGCUUGACUUGGUGAGUCUGUUCAACAACUCACGCAAUGAAACCAUUCUGGAAGUUGGGGCACAUUUGGGACACUGUACUCGUGUCCUAUCGAGGCUAUUCGGCACUGUUCUGGCCUUGGAAAACUCUCUCCAAGUGCUGAAGAACAAUGCAGCUCGCAACGAGGACCUCCGAAACGUAGUAUACAUGAAAUUCCAUAGUGUCAUGGACGACUGGGCCUUGUUUUCCCAGACACCCAUCCAUGCAGUAUUCAUCGAUGCCGCACACGAUUAUGGCAGUGUGCGGAGCGACCUGGAGCGUGCACUAGCCCUGCCUCACGUGCGAACCAUUGUUCUGGAUGACUACGGAACCACAGCUGGGGUCCAUCGUGCAAUCGACGAAGCUGUGGCAUCCGGUUUGGUGAAGAUCCGAUCUUUUAUCGGCCGAGCUCCGCCUUGGUCCUACGACGGCAGCCGCAUCAACGACUGGGAAGGAGUGGUGCUGGAGCCUUUGCCCCGGCCAGCGGCGGCCAUGCCGAGCUUAGAGGAGUCUCUCCUAGGCUCCUCCUGGGUCGUCUACCCGGCCGGGGUCUUCACGUCGGGCUACUUCGCGCCCCACGGCCUGAUCACCUUUGACCGACCUCACGAGGCCAGCAGCUCCUACGGUUCCGUGGAGUGGCGGCAGGCGACGCCCCAGGAGGCGGAGGGCCGGGAGGCUCUGACGGUGGUUCUUCAGCUUAUCGAGGCUCCGCACUGGCGCUUCCAGGCCACACUCACGGAAGCCAGGACUGGCAUGGCCCUCUUCCGCGACGACGGCGUGGUCUUGGUCGCGGUUCCUCAAUCGAUGAUGCGCGUGAUCGGCGACAAGCUGCUGAGUUUCCUUCACUGA